GUGGCAUCUCGUCCCGUCCCGUCUCGUCCCGUCUCCCUGGCCCUCCCUCCCGUGCUCCUCGCCUCGUCCCCAAAUCCCUUCACCCCACCCCACUUCCGACGAUGGCCCGCCUCCUCCUCCCUCUCCCAUUCGCCGCGGCCGCCGUCUCCUCGCUCCACCUCGCCGCCUCCCGCCUACGCAUCCCCGCAGUCUCCGUCGUGCGGCGCGAAGGUCUCUUCGGGGCAAGGGUGGGAGGAGUGGUGAGGGCGCCCGCAAGGCUGGCGAGGAGGGGGCUGAGCGCCGGGGCGGAGGCCGGGGGCGGCUCACAGGCUGGCACGGUGGUCGAGCAGGAAGACGCCAUGGAGUGGGUCAAGAAGGACCGGAGGCGCCUACUCCACGUCGUUUACCGCGUUGGCGACCUCGACAAGACGAUCAAGUUUUACACGGAGUGCCUGGGGAUGAAACUGCUGCGGAAGCGGGACAUCCCGGAGGAGAGGUAUACCAAUGCUUUCCUGGGGUAUGGGCCUGAGGACUCGCAUUUCGUUGUGGAGCUCACUUACAAUUAUGGUGUGGAAAGCUAUGACAUCGGGACUGGUUUCGGCCAUUUUGGGAUUGCAGUGGAGGAUGUUGCAAAAACAGUUGAUCUUAUUAAAGCCAAGGGAGGAACAAUAACAAGGGAGCCAGGUCCUGUAAAAGGUGGGAAAUCAGUAAUUGCCUUUAUCGAAGAUCCUGAUGGUUACAAGUUUGAGCUUAUAGAAAGAGGUCCUACUCCUGAGCCUUUGUGCCAGGUAAUGCUACGAGUGGGAGAUCUUGACCGUGCUAUCAAUUUCUAUGAGAAGGCAUUUGGCAUGGAACUUCUUCGCAAGCGAGACAAUCCUCAGUACAAGUAUACGAUUGCAAUGAUGGGAUAUGGUCCAGAAGACAAAAAUGCUGUACUGGAGUUGACCUACAACUAUGGGGUCACAGAAUAUGACAAGGGAAAUGCUUAUGCACAGAUUGCUAUUAGUACUGAUGAUGUCUACAAGACUGCGGAAGUAGUUAGACUAAAUGGUGGACAAAUUAUUCGUGAACCUGGUCCAUUACCUGGCAUUAACACCAAGAUAACCGCAUGCACGGAUCCAGAUGGCUGGAAAACAGUGUUCGUUGAUAACAUAGAUUUUCUCAAGGAGCUGGAAGAGUGAGUUUUGCUGAAGUUCUCACCGUGGUACAAGUUUCAGAGGGCGUUUCUUUUCUCGUGAAUUGCAAGCAUGCCCGUCAAAAUCUUGUUAAAGCCACCACCUCAAACUGAGGUUUGUAGAUAGGUCAUCCAAUCUACCGCGUCACCGUUGAUAGUUGAUAGAGCAUUAGAUUUACCUUCCAGAGCAAUGUACAUGCGCAAACGUUUUUGUCAGUAAAAUCGUAUGUAAAAUUUCCCACAGAAUUAAGAAAUAUUGUUAUUAAUUAUUCGUUUCUUUC